AUGGCAACCGCAGAAGUGAAGAUUCCAACACACCACAAGGCUCUCGUAUACGACAAGCCUGGUGAAAUCAGCACCAAGAUCGAAACGAUCGAAACUCCGAAGCCAGGCGUUGGAGAAGUCUUGAUCAACCUCACGCACUCGGGAGUAUGCCACAGCGACCAAGCUGUCAUGUGCAACCGCUGGAAGUGGCUUCCUGCGGCUACUCAAGCGGGGCAGGUUGGCGGCCAUGAAGGUGUUGGCACUGUCGUUGCCUUUGGCGAUGGUGCUGAAGCGUCGGGACUGAAGAUUGGCCAGCGUGUUGGGAUCAAGUGGAUGGCUUAUGCAUGCCUGAACUGUUUGCCGUGCAUGAGUGGGAGGGAUGCUUGUUGUACGACGGGCAGGAUUAGCGGCUUCUAUACCCCCGGGACGUUUCAGGAGUACGCUCUUGGUCCGGCCAACUAUGUCACUCCGAUUCCGGAUGGGCUUUCCAGCGAGAUGGCAGCACCGUUGUUGUGUGGUGGUGUUACUGUCUAUGCAGGUUUGAAGAAGACUCUGGCUCAGCCUGGCGACUCUAUUGUGAUCCCCGGUGCCGGUGGUGGUUUGGGCCAUUUAGCGGUCCAGAUCGGUAAAGGAAUGGGGUAUAGAAUCCUGGCCAUCGACAACGGCGAUAAGGAAGAUUUUGUCAAGGGUCUUGGCGCUGAAGCGUUCUUCGACAUCAGCAAAUACGGCAGGGAUGCUGAAGGCAACAAGAAGCUCGCGGACGACGUCAAGAAGGCUUCCUCAGAGGGUAUGGGGGCAGCAGGCGUCGUAAUGUGUACAGCCAGCAACGCUGCUUACGCUCAAGCUUUGUCUUUCCUAAGAUUCGGCGGUACUCUCGUCUGUGUGGGUGUACCGGAAGGCGACCCUGUGCCAAUCGGCGGUGCGGACCCAGCCUCUAUGCUUGCUCAGGAGCUACGUAUCGUUGGCAGCGCCGUCGGCAACCGCAAGGAUGCUAUCGAAACGAUGAAUAUGGCUGCGAGAGGCAUCGUCAAGACUCACUUCACGCUUGAACCGAUGAGCAAGCUGACGGAGACUUUCGAGAAGAUGGAUCAGAUGAAGCUGCAGGGACGGGUGGUCAUUGACUUGAGCAAGGAGUGA